UUGAAAAGCGCCAAAGAGCCCGCUGACCACCGAAUAUCCGUCUCAUUCACUGCGUCGAUGACAGUUCAACAAACCCAGUGUUCUAAUCCUUGCGACCAGUAAGAUCUAAAAGUCCUUUCGAUUUCUGGGCGGGGGAAUGAAGUGCAAGCGAAGCUUGCUUUGGGUGAAUUUAAACCGUCCUCAAGUAGGAUGUGGUUACACUCUCGAAUGUAUUCCUGUCCUAUAUAAGCUCUUGGCUGCGUGGAGGGAGUUGAACGGUAAAGGCUUCUGGUCAUAGCUUUUCUCAACGGGAGACUCGCCUUCAGCGGCCAACUUUGCCUUGCGGAAGAUUGGAAUCCUGUAGCUGUUACAAGUCAAUCCAGCUGUCAUCAUGUCGCUCGCUGGUGUACUCACGAUCGUCCGACACGGCGACCGUAUGGGCUUUUACCAGUCACCCACUUCCUACACGGCCAAGCAGACGAACUUGACGGUUCUUGGCUAUCUGCAGGAAUACCGGAACGGCGUCGACCUCCGCGCUCGUUACUUGGACGGAAACAAUAAGAUCCAGGGCAUCGACCCCGUUAAGGCGGAAGACGCUCAAGUCAAAGUCUUCGCCGAUGCCGGUGGAGAGGGGACCGUGAUCGUCGACAGCGUCAACGCCCUUCUGCAGGGCCUCUACCCCCCUUUCGACGAAUCGAUCACUCUCGCGAACGGCUCCGUGGUUUCAUGGGGUAGCAGGGCGCAGCUGAUCCAGGUGGAGACUGUCGAGCCCGACGAAGAGGUGUGGUUGGAAGGAUACACGGACUGCAAUGCAUGGCAAACCCGCCUGAACAACUGGUACGCUUCGCCGGCCUUUAAAGCCAAAGCCGCCGAAGCCCAGCCAUUUUAUAACUCGAUCAAAGGCAUCCUCGGCGCGGACAGGCCUGCCAUUCUGCAGAAUGCCUGGAACAUCUUCGACUUCUUGAACGUGGAGUUCAUCCACAAUGCGACGUUGAGCUCGCAAAUCGGACAGCAGACGGUCGAGCUUGCUCGCUACUAUGCCGAUUACCACGAAGCUGGCAGCUUCUCGGAUCCCGACCCGAAAAGCGUCGGCAACGUGGCAGGCACCGCGAUGCUCGCCCCGGUUUUAGCGACGAUCAACCAGCUGAGCAACGCAUCUGAUCCGCUUAAGUGGUCCACCAUGGCUACUGCGUACAAGCCCUUCCUAGCAUUCGGGUCCCUACUGGGCGUCCCGCAGUUGAAUGCUUCCGUGGUCGACUAUGCUUCCUCUCUUGUCUUUGAAAUUUACAACAACGGUUCCAUCCAAGCUCUCUUCCGGAAUGGCACCGUCAACGCGAUAUACCAGCCGCUCACCUUGUUCGGCCAAUCGAACACUAUGGUCUCACUGGUCAUGUUUGAGGAAGCACUGCAAAGGCACUCCCUGAACGGCCUCGCAGCGUGGUGCGACAAGUGCAGCACGACGGAUGCGCGCGGGUGCGACAUCCUCGCUGCGCUGAACGGAACAGGCGGGGCCGGGUUCGCACCAGACACCUCGACGUACGGUCGGCAUCGGGUCAGCCCCAUCACGGCCGGUUUGAUCGGCGCGUUCGUCACUCUCGGUACCAUGGCAAUCUUGUUCGCAGUACUCUUCACUGCGAGGCGCGCCCUCGGGCGAAAACGGCGCAGUGCCAUCGUGGGACACAGCGGCCCGACGGCCGGUCUCGAGCUUCCCAGCCGGACGGACGGGGCAUCCAUCCAUACCGCAACUUCGAGCGCGCAGCACCUCGUUGGCGACAAUAAUAAUAUUUGACACGGCCCACAAGCAAGCACGUGCGGGCAAAUGUUCAGGACUAUGAUCUGCGUUCCAAGUCGUUGGAUACAACACAUGUAGACUACAGGGGGAUAUGGGUUGCAAGUUGUGGCUGCUUCAGGAAAUAUUCACAAAGAAUGCC